AUGAUUAGACAUGUGAUUAGAGAUUUGAUGAAUUUAGGAGAGAGGGCUUCGGCUUCCAUAAACACCGCAAGAUUCUCAAGUGUUAGUGUUGGUAUUAGUUUCGAAAUGAACCACGAUUCAGAUAGAGAUGCUUACUUGCGAUUGGGUCAAAGGUUAAAGCAGCAACAUUCAGAGCAGUUGUCUACUCAAUUACAAGUUUUCCGAUCAGCAAUGAUCAAUUUUAUCAAUGAACAUGGCGAUGAAAUUAAACACAAUUCUGAGUUUAGGACCAAAUUCAACCAGAUUUCCCAGCUGAUUGGUAUGGACCCUUUGGAUUUGCUCAUAUAUAGCAACGGCGGUUUCAAGAAGCAAACAAGAAAAAACGAUAAUAAUAAAAGUAAUAACUUUACAAUAGGAUUAUCAGUAAAAAUUGUUGAAAUAUGUCAGGAAACAAGAGACUUUAAUGGUGGAUUGAUCCCUUUAAAGGAAUUGCAAAGUAUAAUUACGGCUAAUUCUAUAUCCUCCUCUGAUUUGAAGCUUGAUAUUGACUUGAAAGAUAUCGAGCAAGCUAUACAGGUUUUGAACUCAAUGGGUAGUAAAAACUAUGAAAUCUUAGUUAUCAAUGGCAUCAAAUGGUUGAAAUUCUCAUCAUUGGAUAAUUUGUCACAAGAUCAAAUCAAGAUUUAUGAAUUGUGCGAGUUUACGGGUGGGUAUGUCACUAAGCGAUUAAUCCAGGAUAAUUUCCAAUGGGAUGGUGUUAGAAGCGAAAAUGUUAUUAAUGAAAUGAUUAUGAAUGGGAUUUUAUGGGUUGAUUCACAAGGCGAAGAUGGGCCACAAUAUUGGGAACCAUCUUGGAUAUCUAAUUAA